AUGUCUAUCAACGGGUAUUACUCUCCCUCCGCCGCGCCUCCUGACUCAAAAUGUAGUUAUAUCGCUAAUCAAUCGUCGGUCAUCAGCAGAAAUUCAGGAACGCAAGGUCAUCGGGAAAAUGGUCGUGUUUAUGGAGAGUUUCGCCCUGGACGUUACUUAUUCCCCAUCGAUGAGGAAGAAAAAGACAGAUUUGACGUCUUUCACCGGGUUGUGUCGUUGGCUCGGCAGAAUAAGCACUUCGACAACGAGGUUCCAGACCGCGCUCGAGUUCUCGAUCUCGGCACGGGCACUGGCAUAUGGGCAAUCGAUGUUUCCGACGCCCUCUGGAAGGGACCUGAGAACCACGGUCUCGUACAUGGACUAGAUCUUGCUUAUAUUCAGCCCGCUGACGUACCAUCUACGGUGUCUUUUAUGCAGGCAGAUGUAGAAGAACCCUGGCCGCUGCGCGAGAAUGAUUACGACUUAAUACAUAUUCAGCUUCUGAUGGGUGGGAUUCGGGAUUGGACGGAUCUCUACCGAAAGAUUUUCAGACACAGCUCUGGUGGCUUGGAGCGAAGCUGUACAUCGGGCGUUACGAAACCUUUUGGCACGCCACUGGACAUCAAUGACAGAAUCAAGGGCGACCUCCAAGCGAUAGGUUUCACGGACGUUACCGAGACAAUUGUCAAGCUUCCGAUCAACCCCUGGGCCGACAAUAAGCAUGACCAAGAGUUGGGCCGAUGGUUCAAUCUUGCAGCCACUCAUGCCGUCAACGCUAUGAGCCUAGCACCACUCACCCGAGUUGAGGGUUGGCCCGUCGAACAAGUACAGAGUCUCGGAAGCGAGGUGAAGAAGAACCUCUGUAAACUUAGCAUCCAUGCUUACUGCCGACUACCAGACGCCCCUAAACUGGACGAAAGCACAACAGCGAUUGGGCCAUCGAGCCUUUUCCAUCCUCUGUAUACUACCACUAUCAUCACCGCCUUUGCCACAUAUCAUCACUUUAUUCGCCAAUACCUCAUCGUCCUUGAAAUACAUCCUGGUCACCUUCGCUUCUAG